CCCCCCCCCCCCGACCCGGCCGACGACGCGCCGCGCGCCUGCGCAGGGCUUCCCCAUGUGUGCUCCAGCCGUCAGCCGGCCCAGCUGAGCAGCAGCAACGGACCUUGUUACCGGCACGGCAGCCUCCACCGCCUGCUGUUGCCCUCCUCUCCUGGUGGUCUGCCGCACGGCGCACGUCGCCAUGGGCAAGAGCCGGACGAAGCGCUUCAAGCGACCUCAGUUCUCCCCUACGGGCGACUGUCAGGCCGAGGCGGCUGCGGCGGCGAAUGGGACCGGAGGCGAGGAGGACGACGGGCCGGCUGCGGAGCUGCUGGAAAAGCUCCAGCACCCGAGCGCCGAGGUCCGCGAGUGCGCCUGCGCAGGGCUGGCCCGGCUGGUGCAGCAGCGGCCGGCACUCCCGGGCCUGGCGCGACGAGACGCCGUGCGCCGCCUGGGGCCGCUGCUGCUGGACCCCAGCCUGGCCGUCAGGGAGACUGCAGCCGGCGCGCUGAGAAAUCUCAGUGCUUGUGGAGGUUUUGAAGUUUGUGAUGACAUGGUGACUAAGGAUAUCAUGACCCCUCUGGUUGCGCUGCUAAAAGAGUGUAGUGCUGGACUGGAUUCAAAUGAGAUGUCUCCACAGGAGAAAAAAGAUCAGAACAGAAAUUCUAUUGAGAAUAUAGCCAAUGAGGCUGUGAACGUGCUGUGGAAUAUAUGUGAAUGCAGUAGUAGAGCAGUGUCUAUAUUCAACAAAGAAGGGUGUUUGGAGAUUGUGUUAAAGUAUUUAAGUAGGUUUCCUACCAAUGUUGACCUGGCUAUUUCAGUAGCAUAUUGUUUGCAGACAGUGACUGAGGAUAACCCAGAGCUGCUGAAGUCUUUCAGUGCUACAGCAUUGAACAUGCUGGAAUCAGCACUGCUUUCUCCUGUCAGUUCCAUGGAAUCCCUUCUAUUGAAGACGUUGGUAACAGGCACAAUUUGGAAUCUAAAGGACAUUAUUCCAUGCAAGAGUCAAGCAGAAAUCAUAAAUGCCUUACUAAAGAUCUUAUCUGAAGUUUUGGGAAUGGAUGCUGGUGAAAUGGUUAUUCAAAUGAAAGAGGCUGAAACGCAAAGGUUAAAAACUGCUGCAGAGGUUGAGGAAAUAUUAGAGAACACUAAUGGGGAUGAUUUGAUUGAAGAUGAUGAAAUGGAAGGAAUUUCUCAUAAAAGAAAAGUCAGAAGGAAAACUUUCGUUUCAGAUUUACUUCCGCCCACUGACAAGGAACUGAGAGAGACUAUAGCAUUGCUGACAGCCCAACAGACUGCUCUGGAAAUUAUUGUCAACAUGUGCUGCAAUGAAGAUCCCUCUGAUGACGAAUGGGAAGAGCUUUCCAGCAGUGAUGAAAGUGAUGCAUUUAUGGAGAAUUCCUUCAGUGAGUGCGGGGGACAGCUGUUCUCUCCCCUCUGCCUCUCCCAUGAGGUUCACACGGCUCUCACCAACUACCUCAUCCCAAAGAAGAUUUUUGAGAAAACUGCCUUUCCAAACAGCAUUGCAGUUGACCUAUGUUCUAGGAACCGUACUUGGAAACCUUUGAUUAGAAAAAUGAACACUAUUCAGUGCAGAGCCCUCUUCUGUCUCCAGAGUCUUGUGUCCCUCCUGGAUGUGGAGCACCUGGGAGGAGCCACAGCCCUUCAGACACUUGCACAGCAUCUGUCACAGCUGCUUUUUUCUCAACCAGAUUUUGCUAAACAUGUUGACUUUCUAGAAGCCAUAAGUAGUGCUUUGAGGGCCCUUUUGCAAACAAUGGCCUCCAUGAACAUUUCCCAGUGCAUGACUCCUGAUCAGCUGAUGACAUUAUGCAAAGCAGGCAUUCAUAGUAGUAAUGUCGGGGUUAGAGUGAAUGUCGUCAGCAUUUUAGGAAUCACUGGCAGCGUCCUUGCCAAAGAAGAUGGUACACUUGAAACUCUUAAGGACAUUGGGUGCUUUCUGCUUGAAGUUACCACCAAAGAUCCUUCCCUUGUGGUAGCAGGAGAAGCUUUGGAUGCCCUCUUUGAUGUUUUUGCAGAUGGUAAAGAAGCCGAAAGAGCCUCGAUUCAAAUUAAAUUAUUAUCUGCUCUGAAAGAAUUCCAGCCAGUCUUUAAAAUGAAGAUACGUAAAGAAGGGAGAGGUAACUAUAGCACAGAUCAGCUGUGUGUUCUUGACAAUGUGAAAAUGAAUUUGAGAAGAUUUAUUGCUUAUCAAGAAACUGUUGAGAAAAGACUGACUCCUUAAACAAUCCAAAAAAGAAACCAGUUCUUCCCCCAAAGUAUUCAAUGUUUAGAAUACUAAAAAGUUUUCUUUGAAUGUAUAUGUUUCUGAAAGUCAUUUUUUAAUGCUUACAUUCUGUACAUUCUGUAAAAACUUCAAAACCAGGCCAGGCACGGUGGCUCACAUCUGUAAUCCCAGCACCUUGGGAGACCGAGGCAGGUGGAUCACUUGAGGUCAGGAGUUUGAGACCAGCCUGGCCAACAUGGUGAAACUGCAUGCAUGAGCAUGGUGGCACAUGCCUGUAAUCCCAGCUACUUGGGAGGCUGAGGGAGGAGAAUUGGCUGAACCUGGGAGGCAGAGGUUGCAGUCAGCUGAGAUCACGCUACUGCACUCCAGCCUGGGCGACAGAGGGAGACCCUGUCUCCAAAAAAAAAAAAAAAAAACAAAACUUCAAAACCUGUCAGAAACUCUGUUGUUGGUUUUUUUGUGUGUUUUUUGUUUGUUUUGUUUUGGUUUUUUUGUUUGUUUUUGAGAUGGAGUCUCACUGCUGCCCAGGCUGUAUUAACAGUGCUGCGAUCUUGGCUUACUGCAACCUCUGCCAUUCCAGAUUCAAGCGAUUCUCCUGCCUCAGCCUCCCGAGUAGCUGGGAUUACAGGCACCUACCACCACACCUGGUUUUUGUUUUUUGUUUUUUGUUUUUUUUUUUUCAGUAGAGACGGGGUUUCACCAUGUUGGCCAGGCUGGUCUCGAAUUCCUGACCUCAAGUGAUCCACCCGCCCUGGCCUCCCAAAGUGCUGGGAUUAUAGGCAUGAGCCACCGUGCCUGGCCAGAAACUCUUUUUUAAGUGUUGAGAUCUGUGUGGCAUUUCUAGUGCUCUCUAAAUUAUGUCUCCGGCAUAUGUUAAUCACUGGAAACUCAAAGAGUGGAAGAGUGGAAGUGCAAAGGAAUCUCAGGUAGCGCUUAACUAAUUCGUCAGCAGUGAAGAAACUUCAAACAAUCAUGUUUUCCUUGAAUUUUGCAAAAAAAGACAAUCCAAAGCAUUGCUUGGAUGGUCUUUUAAGGCAUUUUAUAUCAGCUGAACCUUAAACUGAAAUAUGAAGACAAGCUUUAUAAACUAGUUUUUUGAUACGAAGUAUAUCAAUUAUGUUUGCCUUUUGUGAAGAAGUAAAUGAGUUGAAUUUGUAUUUCACUUACUAGAUUAUACUAAUGAGCUAAUGGGGUCAUUGCCAUCCACCCUACCCAUGACUUUGAUGAGUUAUUGCUGUAACAUCACUUCUUGAUUUAAUUUGAUAUGGAAUCAGAAUUGGGAGAAGGUAUUUUUUAAAUAAACAACUUUUUAAUGGAAA